UUUGCGCAAAGAUUGCGCAUCUAAUUAGUUUUAUUUUUCAGUGCGGACUAGCAUUUGGAAUAGCCGCAGGCUCCGGCAGUGAUGCCGGCGGUGAAUAGGGGAACUGGUUGCUAUAUAUAUGAACUGGUUGCUAUAUAGAAAAAACUGGUCGGCUACAGAUGUGUCCAGGUUAUGUUGCAAUGAUGAUUUCGCUGCACGUGACAGCUUGCCGGCAGGUAUUGCAAUAAAUAAGUUGAGAAGCUGCUGCUGACGGACUGUAAUUAUACCCAAGGAUGUAUCCAGGGGACAAUGUAAUUGCACCGAUCGGGCCAUGGUUCAAUGGUUCCUAUUUGAGGAGUCUGCAGUAGUGGUCCAGGAUGGACAGAAUCAGAAGCUGACGACCAGUAUUUGGUACAGACAGAUGUGGAAAGAUGAAUUUCUGGCAUGGAAUUCAAGUCAAUUUGAUGGUAUUGGAGAAAUUUCCCUACCGCUCAGUGCUAUAUGGGUUCCAGACAUUGUAAUUAAUGAAUUUGUAGAAGAUGGGAAGUCGCCUGAUUUACCAUAUGUUUAUGUGAACUCUACUGGAACUAUCAGAAAUUACAAGCCCAUGCAGGUGGUAUCGGCCUGCAAUCUGGAGACGUAUGCCUUCCCUUUUGAUAUACAGAACUGCACCCUGACCUUCAGCAGUUGUUUACAUACAGUGAAUGAUCUUAAUCUUUCCAUCUGGAGAAGCUAUGAGGAGAUCAGCAAUGACAAGAGUAUAUUUCUAAAUGAUGGAGAGUGGGAACUUCUGUCUGUACCCUCCAACUAUGAGAUUCUCCACACCCAUGGUGGAAGCUUCGCUCAGGUCCAGUUUAAUCUUGUUAUCCGCCGUCGCCCCCUGCUGUAUAUUGUAGGCCUUCUUGUUCCUAGCAUUCUGCUUAUGAUUGUGGACCUCAUGAGCUUCUACCUGCCCCCUGACAGUGGGACUCGGAUCAUGUUUAAAACCAGCAUUCUUGUUGGGUACACAGUCUUCAGGGUUAACAUGGCUGAUGACCUUCCAGCUACCACCUUAAGUGUGCCAUUAAUUGGUGUGUUCUUUAUUGUAUGCAUGGCCCUUAUGGUUUUGAGCCUUGGAAAAUCUAUUGUGGUGAUAAAGUUUCUUCACACUGACAAAGAUGCUCCUGGAGCUCAUCUGAUAUCUCAAUGUCACAGUCAUUACAAUGAAAACACAGAAGAAAACUCCAUGGGAUCAACCAAUGAUACAGCAGAGAGCCUCUGUGGUGUAGAUGAAGUAUUCCAGAGUCCAGAAAUAUCAGAUGAUCCAUUGAUGAAACAGAUCCUACAGGAGGUCACCUCAAUGCGUUCCUACAUACAGGAGAUGGAAUCAGAAGAAACCUGGCACAGCCAAUGGCUUAAUCUAUGCUAUCAAUUAGACAGUGUUCUGUUCAGGGCUUAUCUGGUACUGUUCACCGCCUAUGCAGCUACUCUUACAUUCUUAUGGUGGGCAUGGAGUUCAUACUCUCUACCUACAUGAAGGAACUAGAGAU